AUGGACAGCGACUUUUCCGUCAUCCCCGUCAUCGAUUGGCAGCGGCUACAGGACCCUGGCACUAAACCUGAUGGUUUGACUCAAUUGCGCGAGGCCAUUUUCCAGGUCGGAUUCCUCUACCUGACCAACCAUGGCCUUGAAGAUCUCAUUCUGCGCACUCAUGGCAAAUUACCCGAGCUGUUCGAUCUCCCCGACGAGGUCAAGGAGCGAUGCAAUAUGAUCAACUCGCCCUCUUUCGUGGGAUAUACUCGUCUGGGGGCCGAGACCACGGCCUCCAAGACGGACUUGCGGGAGCAAUAUGAUUUCGGAACUCCGGGCCUGAAGCAGUGGACCCCUCAGGAUCCAUUCUGGCAGAGGCUCGAAGGAGAGAGCCAGUACCCUGACCACCCGGGCGCCAAAGACCUCGUCGAAGAAUACAUCCGCGAAUCCGCAUCGUUGUCGCAGCAGUUUAUGCGCGCCGUGUCAGAAUGCCUCUCUCUGCCACUUUCGACCUUUGAGUCCUUCAAGGGCAAUAUGGACCGAUUGAAGUUCGUCAAAUAUCCCCCCGCAGCGCCAGGAUCCCAGGGCGUGGGUCCGCACAAGGACUCGACGGGACUGUUUACUUUCCUGUCGCAAGACGACACCGGUGGCCUUCAGGUGCUUAACAAAAAAGGCGAAUGGAUCGAUGCCCCGCCCAUCAAAGGCAGCCUGGUGGUAAACAUUCAACAGGGGUUUGAAGCUAUCACAGGAGGCAUUUGCACGGCCACGACCCACCGCGUGAUUGCCCCGGUCAAUAAAACGCGAUAUAGCAUUCCGUUCUUCCUCGGUGUGCGUAUGGAUCUCACGCUCGCUCAGUUAGAGGAAUCCGCCAAACAUAUUGUCGAACGCAUUCCGGCGAGUGAUGAUCGGAAGAAAAGGGCUGUAGAUGUUCCCAGCGAGUUUCUUUCGCCGUUGUAUUCUUGCUUUGGUGAGGCAUACCUGCGAAACCGCAUUCUCAGCCAUCCGGACGUCGGACAGAAAUGGUAUCCGGAAUUGUAUGAGCGGUAUUCCAAGGAGGUGCUAAAAUAA